UCAAAAUAUAUUGUAGUGAAAUGUUUCCGCUACUUCAGACAAUGCCCGCUCGCAAGAAGUGAGAACGGCUCAUUGUGUGUCUCGCCGGCUUGCGCGGCGCGGCCCGAUGAAUGGGCCGAGCUCAUUUGAAUCCAGCUCGUAUUAUUAGCUGCGAUAAGGACGGAAUCGCCGUUAUCGCGCGAGGGAACGAGACGCGAUAUUGCGCGGACAGUCCGAAUUACCGCUGCUUGAGUUUUGUUUUGAGACGGUCCAGUUUAGCCGCGGGCGGCGCACGAGUCGAACGCGUUUGAUGUACCGCCCCGUCGUAAAAUGUACGACUCGAAUUUCGACACACGUCGCACCUCGCCGCACUCGCUCCCUCGAUAACAUCUGCAAAUUCGAUAGUUAGCUCGUGACACCGCGAUAGUGGUAUUCGAUUUCGCGUGACGUGACAUUACGCCAGCCAUGUGAUCCGUCGAAUAUAAAAGCGGGUCGCUAAGCCUCACCCCGACAAAAAAGGGAUAAAAAGACUAUUCUUGGAAUGCACACAUGUGUUCGGGUAGCAGUGGGAGUGGAGUUUAUUGAGGCAGUUCUCUCAAGAUGCCGCGAAGGGGUAAAUGGAUGCAUCUCGCGGCGGGGAUCGUGGCCGGAGUGACCCUUGGUGUUUUCCUCAAAUUGUGCUUAAGACCCUCGUCUAGGACUUCCAUAGAAGCGUGUCCCGAUGCCGCAAAACUGUAUGUGGCUCCGGACCCAGUCACGGUGAUAGGGUUGAGGCCGGACGAAACGGUAGAAAAUUCCAACAGUACGCUAGUGUUUGUAGGUGUUAUGACAGCGGAACAAUAUUUAAAGACUAGAGCUAAAGCAGUAUUCGAAACGUGGGCGAAAGAUUUGCCGGGGCGGAUUGCAUUUUUUAGUUCCGAAGUUUCCCGAGCUCCCGGGCUGCCUUUGAUCCCUCUCAAGAACGUGGACGACAGCUACCCUCCUCAGAAGAAAUCGUUUCUUAUGCUACUGUACAUGUACGAAAAGUAUGGCGAGAGGUUCGAGUGGUUCAUGCGUGCCGACGACGAUGUUUACGUUAGGGGGGACAAGCUGGGGGAGUUCCUUCGGUCGGUGGACAGCACGAAGCCUCAGUUUAUAGGGCAGGCGGGUCGCGGCACGAGCGCCGAGAGGGACGCGCUGGCCUUGGACUACAACGAGAACUUUUGUAUGGGCGGGCCGGGGGUGCUCAUAUCUCGAGAGACCUUGAGGAGGGUGGCCCCCCACGUGAAGUACUGUCUGAAGCACCUGUACACCACUCACGAAGAUGUGGAGCUCGGCCGCUGUGUGGCCAAAUUCGCCGGCGUUUCCUGCACUUGGAGCUAUGACAUGCAGACAAUCCUCCACCACAAUAGCAGCGGCAGCGCGGCAUACACGGGCCGGCUGAAGCGGCGGGAAGUGCACCGAGCCAUCACCCUACAUCCCGUCAAGGACCACCGCCAGAUGUACCGCCUGCAUACGUAUUUCAAGAACCUUCGCAUCCUGGAUAUCCGAGAGAAGUCUCUAGACCUGCACCGCGACAUCGCCUCCUCGCUCCACGAGCUGGGUGUCCACGGGGAUGACGUCACCAGCUACGUGCUGCCCGGCAACGUCUCCCUGUUCCCCGUGAAGAUGGGCCAGCCGGGAUAUCUGGGGAACAAUCGGAUUUUAGGAGCUCCAAUAGAUUUCAAUCGUUACAAAGCGGACACCAUCGAGGAUAUCAUUCCCUUCGAUUUCAUCAGCAAAUCCAUCUACUCCGUCACUCACUCCAACCCCAAGAGAAGAAUUGAGACCCCUUUAAAAGAAGCUCUCGAUGAUGUGAUUAGAGAGGUGAUGGAGAUAAUCAACGCGCCGUCCCGUCAGCGCGGGCGCGUGAUCGACUUCAACGAGCUGCUGUACGGGUACACGCGGCUGCAGCCGCUGCACGGCGCCGACCACGUGCUCGACCUGCUGCUGAAGUACCGCCGGUACCGGGGGCGCAAGAUGACGGCCGCGGUGAGGCGGCACGCGUACCUGCAGCAGAGUUUUACUGCCACCGAGAUUCGUGAAAUCCCAAUGGGGGAGCCGCCGCCGACGGAGGAUCCAGACAUCACCGAGCAGCUCAACGCCAAAGGGAUCAACUAUCAGAACGACUUCGAAGACUUCGACGAGUCCAACCAGCAACAGAACACUUUCCUGGACUUCGGGCGACUGAACAUGAAGGAGGCGCUAGAGAAUAGCCUAAUGAAGAUACAUGAAAACUUGCCAAACGUACUGAAAUGGAGCGACAACGACUACGAGUACCCCAUAUACGAUAGACGGAUACACUUCAUACUGCCGCUGAUGGGACGACAUCAGAUAUUCACCCGCUUCAUGAAGAAUUACGAAGAUGUAGUCCUGAAAAGCGACGAAGCGGUCACUCUGAUAGUCGUACUAUACAUAGAUAGCAAAAAUCCACUAGACUAUAAGAACACUGAAGCUUUAAUUGAGCACUACAAAGGAAUUUACGGGAAAGGAAUCAUCGUUAUAGAGAAGGGCUCGACGGUGUUCUCCCGUGGUGCAGCUCUAACAGAGGGGCUUAAACUGUGCGCAGACGACGAUCUAGUCUUUUUUAUCGACGUCGACAUAAUGUUCAACCACAACACGCUCAGGAGGAUCAGAAUAAACACAGUGAAAUACAACCAAGUUUACUUCCCCAUAGUGUUCAGUGAGUACAAUCCCGAAGUAGUCUUCGGGGAUGACUUCAACAAAUUCAAGUUCGAACCCCUAGUGACGGAUACUAAUCUAGGCAAAUAUGUAGACAGUGAUAUCGCGAAAACGGACAGGGAGCUAGUUAACCUAAAAUACAGUAAAGAAAUAAGGGACAAUUACGGUUACUUCCGAGUGUACGGUUUCGGUAUCAUGGGUAUAUUUAAGUGUGACCUUUUGAGAGUGGGCGGCUUCGAUUUGAGCAUCAAGGGGUGGGGUUACGAAGACGUGCAGAUGUUCGAGACGCUCAUCAAAUCGAACUUAACGGUGUACAGAAUAGCGGACGAGACUCUAGUGCAUAUUUUCCAUUCGGUGGAUUGUGAUAAGAGCUUGGAGAAGAGUCAGUUUCAGAUGUGUCUGGGUACCAAGGCCUCCACGUACGGCAGCCAGAGACACAUGAACUAUUACAUGCUGAACCAUCCAGAUGUGUUGUGGCCCGAGAAGGGUGCUAGCUAGUACAGGGUUUGGAUUAGGGUUGUUACAAUUUUGUUUUGUGCGGAAACGAGCCAAUUUCGUAAGUUAAUAAGAUGUGAUGGAAGUUGCUUCCUUUAUUCCUUCUUUUCCGAAUAUUUUGUAGCUAUCUUUUAUAAGCUAUUGGCUCUUAAUUAAUAGUCGCGUAGAGCUAAAAAUUAUUCCCAUUGGCUCGAAAACUUCACUAGCAAUAGUUUUAUUAUAAAUAGUGAUGGGCCUCUCAUGUAUCGAUUCAAAUUGAAGGAUAUUAUUGCAUUGUUAAGUAUUUGUUUUACAUCACUGUCAAGUACAGCUGUACAUAGUUUGUAACAAAUUAAAUGAUAUUAAUAAUGUACUCGUAGAUUGCAUUUCAUGACAUUUUUAUAAUAAUUG